AUGGUGAAACCUGAAGUGGUCGCUGCAUCAACGCCCGUCGAGCAGAGUGUGGGAACCAAUCAGGAGGUCGAACCUGUCGAACCUGAUGUGCGUGAAGUUGGAGAAGAAGAAGAAGAAGAAGAAGAAGAAGAAGAAGAAGAAGAAGAAGAAGUUGAAGAAGAAGGCUAUGAGGAUUUGGAGCUUGUCGAAGAGGAUGAUGACGAAAACCACUGUAGAAGGAUGGUGAAUGAAGUCACGGAUGAAAAGGGGACUGGAUGA